AUGGCAUCAUACACUCCUCCCAACGAGAAAGCCGACAUGGUCGAGGCUGAGAUGGGCAACACCUCAGGCACUGAUCGCCUGGGUGAAGUCGAGCACAUCAAAGGUCUGGCCACUGCGCCUGGAACAACCCUCGACUCUUUCUCUCAUCUGGACGAGAAGAGGAUUCUGCGCAAGAUGGACCUUCGCUUGAUCCCCAUGCUCGCGCUGCUUUACCUCCUGUCUUUCCUCGACCGAGGUAACAUCGGAAACGCCAAGAUUGAAGGUCUCCAGGAAGAUCUCAACAUGACGGGCGACCAGUACAACUGGUGCCUCACAGUCUUCUUCUUCACCUACGCCGCUUUCGAAGUCCCCUCGAACCUACUCCUCAAGAAGCUUCGCCCCAGCGUCUGGCUCCCGGCGAUCAUGGUCGCUUGGGGCGUCGUCAUGACUCUGAUGGGCAUUGUCAAGAACUACCACGGCCUCCUUGUUGCGCGCGUCUUCCUCGGACUCACAGAGGCUGGUUUGUUCCCUGGUGUAGCGUAUUACCUGACGAUGUGGUACUGCCGACACGAAAUUCAAUUCCGACAAGCCCUGUUCUUCUCCGCUGCUUCGGUCGCCGGCGCCUUCAGCGGCCUUCUUGCCUUUGGCAUCGCAAAGAUGGAUGGUGUUGGUGGACUCGAAGGCUGGCGCUGGAUCUUCAUCCUCGAGGGCAUUGCCACAGUCCUCACCUCAGUGGUCGCAUUCUUCGCCCUGCACGACUUUCCCGAGACGGCCUCAUUCCUUACCGAGGAGGAGCGUGCCUUUGUUGUGUUCCGACUCAAGUACCAGAGCCAGCGACCUGUCAAAGGCCAAGAAGAGGAGGCUGGUCAAACGCGAGUUGCGGAGGCUGGUGAGUUCAAGUGGGCGUAUGUCUGGAGCGCGUUCAAGGACUGGCAGAUCUGGGUCAACAUCUUUGUCUACUGGGGAAUCGUGUGCCCUCUUUACGGCAUCAGCCUCUUCCUUCCGACCAUUAUUCGCAACCUCGGCUACACCUCGAGCAGGUCUCAGCUCCUGACUAUCCCGAUUUACAUCACCGCUGCUAUUCUCGCUGUCAUCAUCGCAUGGACUUCGGAUCGGGUUGGAAAAAGGAGCCCGUUCAUCGUCGUCUUCUUGUGCAUCAUGAUUGUCGGCUUUUCGAUGUGUAUUUCUUCCGGAAACCCCAAGGUCGUUUACGGCGGCGUUUUCAUUGCCACUUGCGCCAUCUACCCUGCCUUCCCUGGCGUCAUCUCCUGGCUGGCCAACAACCUGUCAGGAAGCUACAAGCGAAGUGUCGGCAUGGCUAUUCAGAUUGGUGCUGGUAACCUCGGUGGUGCCAUGGCAUCGAACUUCUACCGAUCGAAGGAUGGUCCUCGCUACAAGCUGGGACAUGCCCUGGAGCUUGGUUUCAUAAGCGCUGGCAUUGUCGCGGCUCUCAUCCUCAUCGUUGGAUAUGACCGCAUCAACAAGAGCCGUGCUCGCAAGGUGGCAGCCGGCGAACACAACCAGUAUUCUGAGGAGGAGCUCUCUGCCAAGGGUGACAAGGCUUUGACCUGGAGAUAUAUGCACUAA